AUGGGCUUCUCCACGUUAACCAGUGCGUGCUGCAGUUAUUGUAAUUUGGGUGUGGGUUGGAAAUCUUCUUGCCUGUUUUUAAGCCUGGAUUUUCUUCCCAACACUACUUCUGAUGGGCUUCUGUUGUCUCCCAAAUCCCAGAAGUUUAAUUUCUUUGCGCAUGUGCUUCUCCUUCAGAUCCACUUUUGGUCAAGGCUGCAAGAGGUGAUUGAUGCGUCGAGCAGGAAGCCUUGGGAAGCUCUCCGUCCUGAUGGAGUUAUUAUUUUCUCUGAUAUACUUACUCCACUACCUGCAUUUGGUGUGCCGUUUGACAUAGAAGAGGUGUGUGGUCCGGUAAUUCGGUCUCCCAUUCGUUCUGAGUUGACUUGA